AUGGCGUCUCCUUCUCCCGCUCCUCCCACGGCCACGCGCCCUUUAGCUCCUCGGCCUUUCCUCCCUCACGUGUCGCUCCACGCUCUCCGCUCUCAGGUCCCGCCCCUCCCCUGCUCCUGUCCAAUCAGCGGCCACCUCGCUCCGCUCCAGUGCGUGACUCCGGUGCGUGGUUUACGUACAGCUUGUUCUCUGCGCGUGAAUCUAGCAACCCCACCAAGCCGAGCAACCCGAAGACGCACUACCGCGAGCCCCCCCGCCCCACCCCACCAAACCGACAAGCAACGACUCUACGCUCCAUCACCCCCCCUCCAAAUCAAAGAAAGAAGAUCUCGUAUAGCGGUGAUCUCCCCCCCUGCUUCUUUGGGUGGCCUCUACGCCCCCCUGCCUCCCAACCCCGCCCCCUCGUACCCCGUCCGCCCUACCACCCCACAAGUCCCCAAGUCAUUUCUCCUUCUCCAGCGGCAGAUCAGUGAGCAUAUGACCGUCUCGCAGGAUAUCGGUUCCGCUUCUCCCCGUCGCGUUCCCCAACCCCGCCCCAACCGUCGCUCGCUUCCUACUCUCCGCCGCUCUUACUCAUCCUCGCUCACUCCCAUUCCGCUCUAUUCCCUUCUUCCACACUACCCCUUAUCCCCCCCCCUCCUCUCUCCUUGCUUUCUCUCCGCCUUCUCUUUCCUCCUUCUUAUCGUGUUUCCUUCGUUUCCCUCCCUAUGGUCUCUCCCUAUACUCUCCCGUCCACCCUCGCUCUCCCUCUUCCUACUACUGUCCCCCCCUUCUCACUACGCUCGCUCCCGCUUUCGCCCUCUUGCCUCCACACAUGCGCGCUCGUCCACACCGUUCCCUUCUACCCCUUCGGAGCCGUGGAGCAUGGGGGCUCACGAGCUCAACGCGCCCCUCGCCUGCUGCUUCUCCUCAGUCUCUGCAGAAAUGACGGACACCCCCAGACCUGAAAUGACGGACACCCCCAGACCUGAAAUGACGGACACCCCCAGACCGGGUCCUGAUGAUGGCACUUAUCUCCACAGACCGGAGGAGAUCAAAGGCUCGGAAUGUUCAUACUUCAUUAAAGCCCGACCUCGACCUCUGACCCCUACGACAAAGAUGGCCGUCACAUCACUGGUGCCGUUACCGCGGAAACCAGCCGGAUCUGUGACUGAGGAGCUGACCCUGGUCCUCUGUGCCUGA